GCGCUCUUCCCGCUGCCGAACUCGAAACCCACCGAAACGAAAGUGACGUUCAUUGGGGUUGGAGUGUUAACGGCGGAGGGGUUGAAUGAUGGUGGUAGCACUGAAGAGGGGUGGCGAGAGAAAGUCGGGGACGUCAGCUCAGGAUCUGUGGCACUCGUCCGAGUCCAUUCAAUAGGGACAUUCGUCGGACGCAGCCGGUAUAGUACCGGGAUUUUCGAUCGUCGUUUUUCCCGUCGUCUUACGAUAUAAUACUAAUAUCAACAUUAAUAUUGUAAAAUAUUCGGAUAGCCGACCGACGAUUGACUUCCAUAGUUCGACUCCGGACUAUAUAUAAUAUAUAUUAUUAGGUAUCAAUUAGAAUUUAGAUUCUAGUAAGUAGUAUCACGAUCAUGCAGUCUUCGGAUAUCUGCAUGUUUUACUUGCGAGGCGCUUGCCGGUUUGGCAGCAAGUGUUGGAACUCCCACGACUUGACACGCCGAUCGCCGAUGGCUCUAUCACUUGCAGCAGUUGCAACGGCAGCUUAUUACGAACAAGAACAUUCAAUAAUGUCUCCAAGUACUAAUACUAGUACAACUAGUACAAGUGCCAGUGCCAGUUCCAGUACCAGUGCCAGUUCCAGUGCCAGUUCCAGUGCCAGUUCCAGUACUAGUGCCAGUUCCAGUACCAGUACCAAUGCCAGUGCCAGUGCCAGUACUAGUACUAGCGGCAAAUCUACGCAAGCGCAACCAAAAGGACUUCAACUUCUACUUGAAGCCUCUAUGCAACCAAUAUUAAAACAGUCUGACGAGUCUGGAAUAGAAAUAGAAAAAGUGGCGACCGAACUUUCUGUGGCAAUGAAAUCAGGAAAUGGUAAAAGCGUAAAAGAGACUGCAAGUAAAUUACAUGCACUUCAUCAAAAAAAGAAAAAAGAAAGUACUGAAAAUGAUAAUUCUGCGUGGAAUGAUAUUAUACGGUGUGCUAUUGACAAUGAUUUACAGUGCAAUAUCUGUUUUGAAAUAUUUAUUAAGCCAACUGUGCUUAAUUGUUCACACACUUUUUGCGAAUCGUGCAUUCAUGUGUGGACAAAGCGUGUCAAAAAAUGUCCAAUAUGUCGUGUGCAUAUUAAAUCAAAAUCAUAUUGUUUGACUUUGGAUAGCUUCAUAGAGAAGAUCGUUGAACAAUUGCCAAAGGAAGUUAAACAUAAGCGUGGAGUAGCUAUAAAAGACCGCAAUAAUAAGAUGAAACUUGAAAAACCACGAUCGAGUAGAGCAUCGAGUGGUAUAGAUCUUGAAUCGAGCGGUAUAGAUCUUGCCGCAUUAUUGGGUUUGGAUGAUCUGAUGGAGGAUGACACGCCACUACAAUUCCUCACCAUGGACGACGACGACGAUGAUAUUGAUGAAGACGUUAUUAUCGAGGAAUCGGAAAUGUUCAGAAUGAAUUUACAUGAUACAGUUGUAAACACUAGAGGUGUAAACCCUCUAAUGAGUUAUCUUGUUGGUUCCGAAGAACAAACGUCGAGUAGAUCCAGAACUCGACCACAUAACUCUUCCGCUCGGCACUAAAUUGAGCCAUUUAUUAUUUUCAUAAUUGUUUUAUUUUAUUAUUAAGAAUUAUUUAUAGGUACCUGCACAUUAAAAGAAUAAAUAACAAAAUAUAGGUAGUAUAUAAUUAUAUACAAUAGCGUGUCCAUAAAUAUUUAAAUAAUAUUAUAUAAUAAAUAUUUGAGUGUAAAUAAUUUAAGAACCUACAAACUUAGUAUUAUAACUAUAUGUCUAUACACUAUAUAUUCAUAAAUCAUAAUAUAUUAGAAUAUUACAUUAUUAUAUGGAAAAUAAAUAGAUUCUAAUUUUAAGGGGGGGUACAAACAUAAAAAACCUAUGUUUAUAAGCAGUUCUAAUAUUAUGAAAUAUAAUAUAUAUAUAUAAUAUAUAUAUAUAUAUAUAUAUAUAUAUAUGCAUUGAAAUUUGAAAUAGAUAUCUACAUUGUUAAUUUAUGUUACCUAUAUGGUAUUUGAUGUUUUUUUAUAAUAAUAAGGCAUAUUCUAUUUAUUACCUAUUUAUGAUGUAUGCAUUAGCUAGUAGGUACCUACCUAUAUUAUUAUAUUAUGUAUUGUUAAGAGAUAUGUUAGCCAAUUUUUCUUUACUAUACCAUAAGUUUUAACUACCUAUUUAAUUAAUUGUAUUUAAUUAUUGAAAGCGGAACCUUAAUAAAUUAAAAUAUAGGAGACAUUUGUUAAAGCAAAUAGUGACAUUCAAAAAACUAACAAACUUAGCCAUUGUAGCAAGUAUUAUUUUAGUCUUAAAUAUCUAUAAAAAAUAAUGUUGUACUUACCUAUUAGAUCUGCCAGGAUAAGCUUUAUGCGUGACCAAAAGGGAGUAGCUUACUGAAAACAAUGUCAUCUAUGUGAUAAUUGUUUUAGCUUGUUAAAAAUGUGUUGUUUGUUUUGUUUAACUAAAUAAAUUAUAAUAUUUAUGUAUAGAGCAACAUCAGUAGGUAAUAUAAUAUUUUAAUCAAAUCAACCGGCUAUAUGGACUACCUAUAAAAGCUUUGUAUCCUUCUUUUUAUUAUAUUACUUUUAACUCUUACAUAAAAAUAUAUUAGUAAACCUAUAACUAUAUUCUUAUAUACGUGUAUUUACUUAAAUAAAAAUGUGUGUCUUAUUAUA